UGAUAGAGCCACCUGCAUUGUCAUCUCACAGGAUUACCGUAGUUUUAGUGAUGAAAGAUUAUCAUGUGAAACAACAAGAAUUACUUGCAGUUUUUUUCUUUUUUCCAAUAUAAAGCAGCAACUUUGUUUUAGUUAAAUGCCUGCUAUUAUAUUUGCUCAGCGUAUGAAGAUUCAGAUGAACUUUGCAUUUGGUUCCGUGAGUCUUUUGUUAAGAAGGAGAGAUGCUCUGAAGCAUAAAGUGUUUAUGCAAGUUUGCAUAUUCUUGCUCCUGCCUGCGAAGGAAAUAUUGGAUCUUGCACAGAUCAUGAGAAAGGCCAGAUGGAUUGUCCAGUUUCACCUGUCUUUGAUUCAUGUAUCAGUGUUCCUGUUUUGUUCUGUUUCAAGAACUGGACCGGUAGGAACACUAAAUCCUUUACCAAUUUUCCGUAGUUGCAACGACUAUGCCCUGUGUUAGGUGAUUACUGAUGUAUCUAGGUGGAUUGGUGAUAAAUUACCUGGAAUGGUAAAGUUAGGUGGAGUUUUCCUUUUCCAUCCCUUCAUUAUACCUAUCUCUACAUAUGCUGCUUUUGCCUCUCACUGUGACAAGAAUGCUCAGGCUCUUUCUCAAUGAGCAUUCAGAUGCACUCCAUGAUAGGAACACACAUAUAUGAUGGACAAGCGUGUGUGUCCUCUGUAUCCAAACAUUGGAUGUAGGUUUCAUGCUGCAUGGUCUGUGCAGGAGAGAAGUCUUGAACCAUCUUCCACAAUUGUUCAUUGGAUAAAAUAUUUCACAUGGUUUGGAUCAUCAAGGUCCAUUGUUGGGAACUGACACAGAUACAUUCUCCUGAUUACUUAAGAAACUUAAGUUCCUAUAUUCCUAACGUCCUGCAGAGCUUCCUCCACGACCAUUGCUUGAGAAACUCGCAAGGGAACUUCAUCGUUGACUAGUAACCUUCUUCAUAUUUUCUUUCUUUUUUCAUCAGUAUAAUAAAUGUUAUUAUCUCCUGCUUGUUUUUACAUUGUUAAAUACAUGGAGGGUCUCCGGCUGUUCAAUCUUGAUAUUAUCCGAGAGAAUUGGACCAGAGAUCUGUCGUCAACAUUAACUACUUCCCUGGCAAGACAACAUUUUAUUUUCUUUUGUGUUGUCUUUUCCAUCCAAAUUUGUUUUCAAUCACUCUGUGAACGGUGUUUAACAUUUUCAAAAAUCUAAAAUGCACUUUUUUCUGCUGAGGCCUUCUGCUCCUUAGUGUUAUACGUGUGUUUUAUUGCUAUAUCUUGAAAAUUUGCCCCACGGUUUCGUUUAUUGUAUCUUAACAUGGAAACGUGGCAGGUUACGGGAAAAUGCCAUAGCAUGAGCAUCAUAUAAUUACAGACUUCGUUCCGAGCCUCCAUACAAGAAAAAAUCCACCUGGAAACUGUUUGAAGCGUGAUUGACUUGACAUAAAAGUUGUCUCAAAAGCAUCAUGUUGUCUGAGAAAGCAUGUGCAGGGGCUUGCUAAGUGCCUUGAAUAGCAUAAUUAAUGCCUGCUAGCAGCUGGAGGAUACAAGUAAUCCCAACCUUCAACUUCUGUGAUUACUGGCUGGCUGGCAGGAUGCGUGUCUGCUGCGCAACUCGUGAGCAACAAUCGAUGGCUAUCAGCUCCCUUGAAUUCAGCUGGCUUUGCCCAACUCGUUAUGUUAUCUCGCCAUUAUCUUGUGUUGUUCAAAGGUGCCAUGCGCAGCCGGUGAAUAGCAACCUCAUGAUGUGUACAGUCAUUUCUCUUGGGAUAGGAUCCCGCUUGACUAGUCGAGCAGUUCAUAGAAUAAUGUUGCCUUGUUUUUGACAAAUAAGUUCCGUUGCGCACACAGAGUAAUCGAUUCUUAGCGAUUUUUCAUUAUAUAAAAAUAAAAUGUUAAACACUGAA